UUAAUAUUAAUUCUUAUGGGAAAUAUUGCUUCGUAUUUAGGCCAUUUCGAAUUUAGGCUGACCUUCUGGAACGGAUUAAGGCUGAAAAACGAGGUUCCACUGUAUCAUCAUCUUUCAACAAACUGGCCAUAUCCCACUGAAGCUUAUCAGCAUCAUAUUCUAAUACAGUGGAACUUCAAAUAUCGAACUGCUCCCAACUCAACCAAUUAUGUUGCAAUGAAUGGAAGAAGUAAAAUAAUUCAUCUAACAUCAAGACUGAAAAAGAUAUGCAAUAGUGAACAACAAGUAAAUUACCACUUUUCACGUAGCUCUGUGUGUGCACAUCGACUCGGAUAUCAAGAAAGUGUUUUGCAACCAAACAAAUCAUGCCAAAACUUUAAAAAUACGUUGCUCUUAACACCUAAGCUAUGUAGCACUUCUGCAAUUGUGGUCACACAACAACCAGGAAGAAUUAAGAAAAUGAUGAAGAUGGGAUGGUUCAAUCAUUCUAAAAGUAAAUUAAAAAGAUCAGGAUAUCUGCUCUAUGCUACUACUAGUGACAGAGCUAUAGUAGCUGAUUUUUUCAAAGGUGAGAAUAUUGUGGAUUUUAUAUACCUUUAUUCAUUCCCUAAAUUUUUAGAGGAUUUCAGUACUUGCAUGUACACCAUUUAACCC